GGUGCUGGUGGGGGGCACGCGCCUUCAGGACCCCCAGCUGGUGCCCGCGGUGCCCGGGGGGCUGCGGCUGCUGCUGGGGCCGUUCCUGCAGCCCCUGGUGCCCCAACCCGACCUGGAGUCGCCCGAGGGAGCCCUGAGGAACCUCCUGAGCUUCCUGAGCCUCAACUCCUCCGUCGGGGGGCUGGGCUGGAGCCGUGAGUCAGGCACCCCAAAAACCCCAAACCCCCCCCAAAAAUCCCCCAACUCCUCCAUCGGGGGGCUGGGCUGGAGCGUGGGGUCCCCCUGGCGCUCGUGGGCCCCCCCCGAGCUGAGGCUGCCGCAGCUGCUGCUGCUCUGGGGGCUCCCCGGGACCCCCGUGCUGAGCUACGGCGACGAGCUGGGGCUGGGCCGGCCCCCCAAAAACCAACAGGAGCUGCCGCCGAUGCCGUGGGAAUUGAUCGAUGAACCGAAAAAAGGCGGGAACGGCUCCGAGCCCCCCGAGCUGGAGCUGUGCACGGCGCUGGCCUCGCUGCGGGCCCACGAGCGCUCGCUGCUGCUGGGGGAGGCGCUGCCGGUGCGGGCGGGCGCGGCCGUGGCGCUGCUGCGGCGCUGGGACCAGAGCGAGCGCUUCCUGCUGCUGCUCAACCCCCACGGGACCCCCCUGAGACCCUUCUCGGUGCCGAGGGACCCCGGGGACCCCCGGGACCCCCCCCUGCCCGAGUGGGCCGCGCUGUGCUUCAGCACCGGCCCCAAGGAGCCGGGGGAGCCGCAGGUGCGGCUGCAGGAGCUGCGGGUGGGGCCCCACCAGGGGCUGCUGCUCAGCUUCCCCUACAGCCCCCAGUGAGGCGGGCGCCCCAAAACUGCCCUGACCCCACCACAGCAC